CUGCAUCCGCUGGGUUUAGGUGUGUGUUUUGGUUUUUUCCUAGUUUGCAUCCUGGCCUUUUAAACCGGUACAGAGGCUCCUCCGAAGCGCCCUCUCCAACUUGCAACCAUCUUUAGAAUCAUUUACAGGAAAGGAGACCAGUGAAUCCUUAGACUGCGGGCCCUGUAUGAUAGAUUAUCGUCCAUCUACUCCAGUGCGUGGCACCUGGUCUGCCCUGGGGAUGAGCAGAUUCUUCUUUUCCCUCUGAAUAAAAGAUGGAAUACGGUUGUCUCUUGGAGUAAACAACUUGGAUGCUCUCCCUGGUGGAUCCUUUCCUGAAUGGAAAGGAAUCGACUCGGACGGAUAGCGUCCAGUUUGGUCGUCAACACAAUCGGCCGGAUGAGAAUGUGGUGAUUUCGGUCCUAGAAAGAGAAGAAAAGGGAGAAUAGAUUGGUUCUUCCCAAUUACCGGAAUAUUUUACAUCCCGGUUUGGCCGAAGGUCUGGAAACCAUGGAUGCCAUAGGGACCGCAAAACUUGAAGGACAUCCAGAAGAUCCGCCGACCGACCCCGCCAAUGGUUUUCCGAGUCCCCCGGAGCCGGCGGAGGAAGAGAACAAGAAUGGCAAUGGCAAGCCCAAGGGCCUAGCCAAUGGUUUGAGAAAGGGGGCCAAGAAAUAUCCAGACUAUAUCCAGAUUUCUAUGCCCGCUGAUUCGAGGAAUAAAUUUCCCUUAGAGUGGUGGAAGACAGGCAUCGCCUUUGUGUACGCCCUCUUCAACCUCAUCCUGACGACCGUCAUGAUCACAGUUGUGCACGAGAGGGUGCCUCCCAAGGAGCUCAGCCCUCCAUUACCAGACAAGUUCUUCGAUUACAUUGAUCGUGUGAAAUGGGCGUUUUCUGUAUCAGAAAUAAAUGGGAUGAUACUCGUUGGAUUUUGGCUCACCCAGUGGCUGUUUCUGCGAUACAAGGCCAUAGUAGGACGCAGAUUCUUUUUUAUAAUGGGAACUUUGUACCUGUAUCGCUGCAUUACUAUGUAUGUCACCACCCUGCCUGUACCGGGGAUGCACUUCCAGUGUGCUCCAAAGCUGAAUGGAGAUUCUCAGGCCAAAGUUCAGCGAAUCCUUCGAUUGAUCUCGGGAGGAGGAUUAUCUAUUACUGGGUCACACAUCUUGUGUGGAGACUUCCUCUUUAGUGGCCACACAGUCGUGCUGACACUCACGUACUUGUUCAUCAAAGAAUACUCGCCCCGUCACUUCUGGUGGUAUCAUUUGAUCUGCUGGUUGCUGAGUGCUGCCGGGAUCAUCUGCAUUCUCGUGGCACACGAGCACUACACGGUGGAUGUGAUAAUCGCCUACUACAUCACGACAAGACUUUUCUGGUGGUACCACGCGAUGGCUAAUGAAAAGAACUUGAAGGUCUCUUCACAGACAAACUUUCUGUCUCGGGCGUGGUGGUUCCCCAUCUUUUACUUCUUCGAGAAAAAUGUGCAAGGCUCAAUUCCUUGCUGCUUCUCCUGGCCAUUAUCCUGGCCUCCUGGCUGCUUCAAAUCCUCGUGCAAAAAAUACUCCAGGGUUCAGAAAACAGGAGAGGACAAUGAAAAAUCCACUUGAAUGGAGAAUCGUGCAGGACAAAUUCAUCUGCUCUUUUACCAAAAUAUUUAAUGCUGUUACCAAAGGUAUAGUUUUGGGUUUUGUUUUUUGGGUUUUUUUUGUGCGGGGGGGGUUUGUUCUGAGGACUAGCUCAUCUAUGAAGAGUGGACUAACGUUUGUGUGAACAAGAAGUAAGAUGGUUAUAAAUGAAGUAUUGUUCCCUUGACCUGGUUUUUAUUCAUCUAAAAAAAAAGAUCUAUUUUCGUGCAACAGUGCACUUCGCCGAGAGACAAGCGCCAGAACUGUGAUUCACCAUGAGGCUGCAGAUGUAAAAGAGGUGCCAGAGUUACCCAUCACUCCUUGUGGUAGCCCCUCUCACACAUUCCCCAGACUCCCCAGAAUAAAAUCUGUGUCAAUUCUGGAGGGUUUUUUUUUUUCCAAGGGCAAGUGGAUCUAUUACUGUUUUAAAGACGCAACAGCUGGCUAGGAGGAGAAGUACAGUAUGAAGAGAAUGUCCAUCGUGGGGCUUGGCUUCCUCCAUCAUACCCGCUAGAGAGGAUGGGCAUUGUAGUCACCGUGUUGUGAAAUCUCCCUUGAGAUUUCACGGUCUUCCUCCCUAUUGGCGAGGAGUCCUAUCCUAAGGCUCGGGAAUACUCGCUGAUACUGCCGCCCAAUGAACUGUGUAUGCUAUUUUUUCCUUGUUUUUUUUAAUGUGAUCAUUUUACGAAAGAAGGGGGAAAAAAAGUGAUGGGCCGGUCAACAGCGAUCCUCCUAGGUUAGAAAUGUCAGUGUCACAGAGAGCCUAAAAGUGUGUGAACUUUUCAUUUUUAAAAGCCAAGUUAAUAAAUGUCAAGGACGCAAUUUGGAGAGUUUUGCAUAUUUAUGUCCUGUACAGAGUUUUAGAUAGUUCUAACGCUGUAUCGUUUGAGCUAAGAAUACUGAUGUGGUGACCUGGAAGGAAUGAGUCUACUGUUCCUACUCCAAGGUUUGUCAGAAAUGUGGCUGGGUGUCAUUGAGACUAUAAUUACUCUAAAAAAAAUUUUAGCAAGAAAUCUCAUUUCUGGCUGGAAGUACUCUUUCUUUGUGAGUGAUUGCUUAGUUUCCACCUUCUCUUGCCUAUUGGCAAGGUAAAAAUCAGACAUACGCAAACUGGUAGUAGGACCCAUAUCCUGCAAUAGUGCAACCUCAGCUUCAACCCAAGAGAUUUAUUCUCGUGCUGCACUGUACUAGUUUCUCACAAGUUAAGACUUGUGGGUCAAGCCAUUUUAUGGGAAGGGACCAUUAGUUUGAUGGGAUGAUUUGUUGUUUCCUAAGGCCUAACGAGAUGGAAGGACAGAUUAGUUGAGCAGAGUCCUCUGUAUUGCAUAUCACUUCAGAGGAGGCCCUAUCUGUAGGCAGGUAGCUAUUUAAUCUGUGUUCGUGUCCUUAACUACUUGAAUACCAUUUUUUAAGGCUUCACGUGUAACCUAGCAGAUUAUACCUCCUUUGAAAAGGACUUUAAAAGUCCUUAGUGGAGAAUUUGAUGACAGGAAAUGUGGCUGUGAGCCUUCAUUUAAGAAAUCAAACAUCCAAACUAUGUAAAAACUGAUGUCUCCAUUGUUAACAGGUAUCUUAAAGGGCCAGAAAAAUCAUCCUAGUUAAUACUUAGAAAAUGUGUGGUAAAGGCAUAGGUGUUUAUUACAGAGAAAAAAAUCUUUCCUCUGAGCUUCUUUCUUUUCAUCAGAACCAGCUAGCCUUUAUAGAUCCAAUCAUCUGAGUUUAUCUUAGUAAAGCACAAAUAGAAUCUAUAUAGGGGGAUUGCCUUUGGUGCUAAAACUCUACGUUUGACAUUGAACUUUUUUUUUAGAACUAAAGAAUUUAUGACGGAAAAUGGGCAGAAAUGUUAGAUGAAGAAAACCUUCAAUCCCAAGUAUUUGAAAUAAGAAUUGUUUUGGGUGGGUUGUGGAAAAAAUACUCAAGUAUCUGUGUCCAGUCAGAAUUUCACAAUCUUGAUGCGAAGGGACCGUGGCCAGCUUUGAACAAUUUUCCUUUCCUAGGACCUAAAAUCUCUGCUGUCUGUAAUAGUGGAAAAUGACUACUUAUUUGCCAGGCUUGUACAUAUGUUGCUGCUAUCCAAACACUGUCCUUUGAAUCUCUAAUUCAGUGAAGACCUCUCCAAUGGGCAUCACGGGAGUAUUACUUAAUCUUUGGAUAUCCCACUGGGAGUAACAGAACUUCUACAGCACUGGUUAAGCUUUAAGACUAGGCCUUUUCAGCCCUUUUGAACAAAUCAAUACCAAAAACGUAUCCUUUUCUUUGAUUUAAUCCAGUCGGUAGGAAAAAACAAAUGUCACCAAUGUCUUUUUUCAGGGACACGUUAAAAAUGUGGGCACUUUUUUUUCGUAGUCACAUUCCUCGCACUUGUGUAAUCAUUUCUGUAAAUGAAAAGAAACUGAAGAAUGCGGGUAACAAACCCUAUUGAACUCCAAUUGAGAAUGGAUGUGGGAUACAUGGGGGAUGUUGUGAGGCUGCUGAUUUUUGAAUCUGGGAAAGGUUGUAUUGGAUUUUGGCCACUUGUCGUCCUGGAAUGACAAACCUGGGCAAAUGUUAAAUAAAUUUAAAUUUUGCCCUUGGAGCAUACUGUAGGUGGUUUAUUUCCAAGUCUCACAACAGUUCUUCACCAAUCCAGGAGAGCCAUCGAUCUGUCCCAUUCUGCUUUUCUGACUGCUUUAGAUUUGAGCAAUAACUUUUAUGUGAGUCGGUGACAUCUUCCGAAACAUUUUCCUACACCUCCCCAAUUCACAGACCUUUCCCAAACCAUGGAGCUUCAUGGGAAUUUCCAGAAACACCCCUAGAAAUUUGAAAGAGACCUCCCGCUAGCGUUGAAAUGGAGGGGAAGCCAGUUUCUACUCCAGUUUCACAAGCUACACGUGCCAAACUCCAUUCACAGUCAUCCUAGCUUGCGGUUUAUUGGUUUCUCUGAAAAUCAAAGUUUUGCUGUUUCGAUAAAAGUGCACGAAUCAGAUCAUCACUUUUGAUCGCUGGUCUAAUUCUGGAAUAUCAGUGCCCCCUUGUGGGGCUAUUCUAUUUAAUCUUUUUAAUUUCCUUUUCUUUUUAAGCAAUUGGAUUUAGAUAGGGAAAACCACACAGCCUUUCUGGUGCUUUAAAGCAGAGUAGAGCCUUUUUCAUUUUCAAACACUGCCUUUUCCUGGUUUUGGCCAUAAGGGGAAGGACCAUGGAAAAUACAUUAUUCCUGAGGCCUUUAAGCUGGUCCCGGUUGACAGUGGACAGGGAAGCCGAUCGGUCUAACUCCAGUGGACUGCAGUGUGCCUGAAGAAGAUCAUUUUCCACUCGCCAACACCGGUGUCCGAAUCGCUUCCCUCUCUGACCAUCCUCGGAGAUCCCCAAACCAGCUGCCUCCUUUUGCCUUCUGUUUACUUUUGAAUUCUCCUCCAACCCAAACCAGGUGUCAUGAAAUCGUUUUUGAGACGUGAAAAUGUCUCCCAGCCUCUAAUCUUGUCACUUGCAAGGUAUUUUGAGCAUCGUGUGCAUUGCACAGCAGGACCGUUUGAAGGCUCACGCCAAUCUUUCCACAUUCCCCUGAUUUUAGCUUUAAAGAAAUGUUGGAAUACCUUUGAAGGAGGCCGUCUACCCCACCCAGUCCAACACACAAUUGCCACUUUGAAGGAUUUUUUUAUUUAUUUAUAUGCAUGUAAAAAUAGGGGCCUGAUACGUUAUUCACGUCGUUUCAUUGCCGUAUCCUACCCUUAGGCUUAGAUCCUAAGCGUGCUGCUGUUGGAAGGCAGUGAGACUGACAACGAAAUAAUGCUAAAUUGAGUCCGAGAUAUCUCAGUAAAGCUCUAUUACACCCAGAAAUUCACCUUGACCUACUCUGCAGCUUAUUCUAAGUCCCAUUUGAAUCGGUACUGUGGCUGGGUGGUUGUCUGCGUGAUGCGUGAAAGGGAAUAAUAGUUCACCGUCGUGUGGGGUGACUUGAAGUCUUGAAAGUACGCAAUCUUUUUUUAAAAAAAUGAAGACGAACCCCUAGAACCAUAAGCUGAUCCCGUUGCCAAGUUGGAACACUUUAAUUUACCUCCUAUGCAAUGAAUGAUGCUGCAGGAAUCCACGGUUAUGUUAUGGUGUGCUCUCAAAAAAGCAAUUUUAUUAUAAUGGUUGAAAAGUAGCCAAUUGUAUUCUUUUGAAAAUGUACUGUACUGUUUUGAUGUGUUUAAGUGCCUUGUUGUAUAGUACAAUUUUAGGUCUUCUCUAGAGUUUGUUAUUUUUCUUGACUUGAAUAUUUUUCAUUAUAAAAGAAAUAUCUAUGCUGAAUGCUAUUGUAUAACUUAUAGUUUUAUUAAAUACACUUACCUUUUAAUGAAAUCCUAAUAUGUUUUAGAAGCUCCUCGUUUCAUAUAUCCUCCAAUACCUUGGCAAUGGCUUACGAUGUAGAAUUGAGUCUCUGUGUAUUUGCGGAAAGGGAAGGAGAAAUAGUUGAGUAUGGUUUAGAAAUGAAUUUGUACCUUUGCAGUUUUUUUUAUACACAUUUCAGAAGGUUAGGAGUGCUCACACACUUCUAAAAUGCCAAACUUCUCCUUUUUUUAAGUGCCUCAAUUUGAGCUUCGAUUAUCUUUAUGUUCAGGAACCAUAGAGGUGGUGUACACACAAUGUGGUUCAUUUCUUUGGUUUGUCUCAUUUUUGUCUGUUGUUUUUUUUAAUUGAGAUAUAAAGCUCUUUACAGUACUUGAUAUUUACUCAAUAAACUACAAUGAGGUAUCA